AUGGACCCCGACUGGAGAGAGCUUAUUCGUUUAGAAGCGCAUCAUGUACCUGGGUACCAUGAGAUUUGGUCAGAUCCUGUUGCAACUCGAUGGAGCCCCCACGGACCCUGCAAGGACGUUGAUGCGAGCGAGAAGUGGAUGUCUGAGCUACUGCUUGACGUGAAUCCCCUGGGGGAGAAUUACGCUGUGUUACUUCGACCUGUUGUUAAUCUGAAUGACAUCCAGCAACAAGAUUCCGAAAGUAAUACAGUGCUUCAGCCAGGUGGUUUUCUUGGAUGGGUCGGAACUUGGAAGUCAAAGCCAAUCCCAGAAGUUGGUUUUAUCUUCCAUCGAUCGGCAUGGGGCUUCGGAUUUGCGACCGAAGCCUUGAAUGCUUUUGUCCAACUAUACUGGCGAGUAAAGCCACAAUUUGAUGCUCUUGAGGCCUACUGCGACACCGAGAAUGAGGCGUCUGUUAAAGUUCUGCGAAAAUCUGGCUUCGUAUUCGUGGAAUCGAUCGUCGGAGAUUAUGUUCUUCCUUGGAUGGAGCCGUCGCUUCGAAGUAGUCUUCGAUUUCGAGCGACCAGGCCUCUUAUCGAAACCACCACAAGUUGA